ACACAAGGUCAGUCAACAUGCUAAUCAUAAUACCAUAUAGUCAGUUUAAGACUGCUAAUAGCGCUCGUCGGUUCAUCAGAAUUAUGGACCUUCUUGCCGUACGUUUUCCUUAAACUCUCUGGUUUAUUUAACGUCGCAGUCAAUGACUGUAUCUAUCAUAUGAUGUAUUCUGGAUUGUGUGCUUCUUCUUAUACAUGUGUUAUUCUCAUGAUGUUAUUUCGAGAUUCAGAUGCAGCAGCUCGGUUUACCAAACAUCCUGCAGACACGCUGUAUGUAGUGAAAGGUCAAACUGCUAGAUUUACAUGGGACUACCACGUCGAUAAUAUCAACACAGAGUUUGAUGCUCGAUCCCCAAGAUGGUAUUUCCAUAACAACACGAGUUGGUUGGUUGGAUAUGGCGACGCAUUUGAUGGACGUAAAUUCAAGAUCGAUACAAACACUUGUCCAGCUCGAUUACGAAUACCUACAGUACGAGUGAGUGUGGAGGGUAAAGCUACUUUGGUCAUCACUGAUGUUACUAUGGCUGAUUCUGGUACAUAUGGAUGCAGACUGUUUUUAUCCAGUGGUCCUCUCAGUUCGAUGCCAACAAGCAAAUCCCAACUGAUUGUUACAGAAACUCCGAGGUUUACCUCAAAACCUAGUCCAAAAGUAAUUUUCAUCGAAAGCUCAUUCUUCAGCCUCACUUGUGCGGCGGUGGGCACUCCAACACCAAAUGUUACUUGGAUACAAGUUAUAACAGGGGUAACAAUUAGCAAAGGUCAAGGGACUGCAGUACUACUGUUACCUAAUAUCAACAGGAGUCAGAGUGGCGAGUACGAGUGUCAGGCAGUCAACAAUCCCAACGAGGCUCCUGUUAUAGCUAAAACUAUGAUUACAGUUUAUUACAAACCGAUAGUUGAUAAAGUCUUAUCUACUACCAAUAUCAGUUCAUGGGCUGAUAACACAAUAGACCUAAGAUGUUAUUGGUCCAGUUCUCUUCCCAUACCAUCUUGGACAUGGUACAAGCCCAAUGGUGAUACUAUUACUACUAAUGUCCGUAGUAUUUCCAAUGGAAGCGAGGUGACAGUGUUGACUGGAAACAAUAAUCAUGACUAUGGGAUGUACAGAUGUGAAGCAACAAAUAUUGCCGGGAGUGAUCACCACAACAUAUCAGUUACUCGUCUCUUUCCUCCUGGUAGAAUACAACUUAUUGAAGUCGCAUCUAUCCGGUCAUCAUCAGUCACAAUUAUCUGGGCAAGACCAGCAGACAAUGGUGGAAGUCCAGUCACUACAUACAAGGUGCUCAUUGAUUCGAAAACAUUUCACAUAAAUUCAUCAAAACUAUUGGCCUAUCAGGAAAUCACAGGCCUACAGGAACAAACCGAGUACAAAAUUACAGUGCUGGCUGGAAAUGUUGCAGGAUAUGGUGAUGCCUCUAUCAAAGUGUUCAACACAACUAUACAAGAACCGAAAAGAGAGUCAUGUACUGCAUCAUCGCAGCACAGUUCAGUCUCUGAUACUAAAAUUGGUAUUCUUGCCGCAUUCUUGGCUCUUUCUUUGAUAACUAUCGCCAUACUUCUGGCUUUCAUCGUCUGGAAACAUAGGAUGACAAACUCACAAAACACAAARCAAGAACAAAAAAACGAACAAGUGUAUGAAAAUGCAGAUGCCAUUGGAAUGGGUCCUUUAACUUCGCCAUCACGUCAUCCAUUGCAAAGCAAAGAAAAACCAAAGCCUGAUAAAACACCUGCAAAGAUCAAGAACAUUAUCAACAGCUCAACCCAGCAACACUUCAAAAAUCUACGAGCUCAUCAUCAACGUAUGAACCUCUACGAAAAGGCUUACCCACGCACCAAACAUCGCUAAGCAAGUGCGAUUACCAAAACCCACAAAAAUAUUCUAAUGUAACCACCACGUGAUUGAGUUAACACAAUUAAUUCUUGUCAUUACAUGAUUUCCAAUAUGGCGUCUCGGUAGUAAAAGUUGAAUUGAUUAACAGUUUUGGUUAGAAAAUGGUUUGUAAUAUGGCAUACAAAGCAAAUAGACGAACUUGAAUUGAUUUCCGCAAAGUGAAGGAUCAAACAGUAUUUCAUAAAAUAUGUUGAAAUUUCAAUGUAAAAAUGUUGAAAACCUAAUAAGAUGCGCCUUGAUCUCCA